CUUCUACACUCCACCUCUACUCUCCUUUUUACUUACCGCCAUCCCUUUAAAUCUCACAGAUUAACCUCAUCCUCUCACCUUACAAUCCAAGAAAUAAUCAAAAUGGCCGACAUCCUAACCCAACUCCAAACCUGCCUAGACCAACUCGCAACCCAAUUCUACGCAACACUAGGCUACCUUACAACCUACCACGACAACAGCCCGGCAACCUUACCCCCCAACAACGCCACCGCCGCGCCCGCCCUCGCGAAGAUCCCCAAGAACUCGACCGCGCCGCCAGUCCCAGCCUCGGCACCGCUCGCCGCACAACAACAGAACCUCCAGCAGAACCAAAACCAGUCGCCGGCGCUCAUCUCCGCGGCCCCGACAACAGCAGGCGAAGCGGGCAAUACCGCGCAAGGGCAAGGGCCAGGGCAGGGGGCGGACCCGAGCCAGCCGCCGGCGCCGGACUCGCCGCGGACGUUUGCGGCGCGGCAGCGCGAGCUGGCGCGGGAUCUGGUGAUCAAGGAGCAGCAGAUCGAGUAUUUGAUUUCCGUGCUGCCGGGGAUUGGGGCCAGUGAGGCGCAGCAGGAGGCGCGGAUACGCGAGUUGGAGGGGGAGUUGAGGGAUGCUGAGGGGGUGAGGGAGGCGCGGAUGCGCGAGUUGAGGGCUCUUAGGGGGCGGUUGGAUCGUGUGCUUUCUGUUAUGCAGGUUGGGAUCUAUGGUAAUCGAGAAUAGGGCAAGGUGAAAGGAGGGGGGUCCGGGGUUAUCCCCCGGAUGUCUUUAUCUCUGGUAUUAAAAUGAGGUG